CCGCAUCCAUCCACAGCAACGCUGCUCGUUCUGUUGCUUGCUGUCUUGCUUGUGGGCUGGCGUUGUUUGGGUUUGGUGUGUGACGUGAGCAGUGGUCGUAGUCGUGGUGACACUGUGUGCGUGUGCGUAUGUGUGCGUGUGUAUGAGUGUGUGUGCGUGUGAGUGAGCCAGUGUGAAAAGGCGAGACAAGAAAAAAAAGAGGGAUCUGUGGUCUUCCGUCCAAUUUGGUCGACUUGCGUUGAGCAAACAACACACAGCAUGUCGUCGAAGCCGCCGUUCCCGCCGUUCCCGCCGAAGACAGGCAGCGCGCAGCCUCCUGACCACCUCAAACGCCUACUACAAGGCAGACCGCCCCGCCCCGGCGCUUCUGGGCCACCGGGACGCGCGCCAAAGCCAGGGAGAGUGCGCAACCCGCUCCAACGCGACGAACGCCCUGCCGUCGCCAAGGGGGCCAAAGGGUUUGGGCCCGUGCCUUGGUCGGAGUGCUUUGACAAGCAGUACAAAGUGGAAGCCGAGGGCCACAAGGGCGCCUUCAAUGUGUAUGAGAAGGGCGAUGGGGACGUUGCUGUGCUGCUGCUGCACGGUGGUGGGCACUCGGCGCUGUCGUGGGCGGCGUUUGCAAAGCUGAUGCACGCCGCCGAGCCAUGCCGCAUCAUCGCCUUUGACUGCCGCGGCCACGGCGAAACAACCGUCGAGCCAGCGACUGCAUUGUCCAAGCAGCAGCAGUGCGAGGAUGUGAAGUUCAUCUGCAGCAAAGUCCUCAAAGGCGAACCCGUCGUUGUCGCCGGACACAGCAUGGGCGGUGCGAUUGCUGUGCAUGCGGUGAAGGGCGGAUUCGUUCCAAAUCCAGCCGCAGUUGUCGUCCUCGACGUCGUGGAGGGAACGGCCAUGAGUGCCCUUGCAUACAUGAGCCGGUUCAUUCAGUCGCGUCCAACGCACUUUGAAAGCAUCGAGCAAGCCAUUGCGUGGAGCCUCAAAGCGGGACAACUGCACAAUGUCUUCAGCGCUCGCGUCUCCAUGCAAGGACAGUUGAUGCCGGUGCGGCGUGCGGAUGUGUCGGCGACGUCACGUCGCCAUCUCGCAUCGACAAUCGCCGAAGAGGAGGAGGAGGAGGAGGAGGAGGAGGAGGAGGAGGAGGCACAUAGUGAUGGAGAAGACCAAAGAACAUCGACUGGUCACCGGACGCCAGCAGCCGUGAACAUUCGCAGCGCUGACGACGACGAAGUGUACACGUGGCGCGUGGACCUCAAAGCCUCAGAGCCGUAUUGGGCGGAGUGGUUUGAAGGGCUCAGUGAUGCGUUUCUCGCGUGCCCCUGUGCCCGAAUUCUUGCGCUCGCCGGCGUGGACCGACUCGACACCGCGCUUACCAUUGGCCAGAUGCAAGGGAAGUUUCAGUUGCACGUCGUGCGCAACACCGGACACAGCAUCCAGGAGGACCAACCAGGCGACCUUGCGCAGCUGCUUGCGGAUUUCAUCCGAAAGUCGCGAACGCUUUGGAGAAAGACUGGCGUGCUGAAGUGA